ACGCUUUAGGGAACGCCGUUAUAGAAAAGUAAUCAACGACGCCGUGGUGCGAUGAAGCGGAGUCACUGUUACCAUCUUGAACGUUGAUUAAUUUCCUACAACAGCACGUCCACGAGUGCUUUAUUCUUCUGACACCACAGUGAUUUGCCAACGAUUACAAUUUUAAUUCAUUAAAGUAUGAAACAGCGUAUUUUUUAUCCAUUUACAGUUACAUUUAAUGUUGUGGAACGUCUGCGGAAAAGUUAGUUCCUAUUCUCGCUUACGUUAUAGCAGCUAUAAACAGCCUUUCCUUCACCAGCAUCUGUUUUUUUUUUCUCAUGACAGCUUGUCACGUUAGCAAGAAACCGCAAAGAAGCGUAAACUCCUCUUAAAUCUUAAAGUUACAGCUUUACCGCUGACUGUUACAAAGCGCUGACACUGGAGACUCCUUCCAUAAAUGUUACAUAAACCUCUAUUUACAGAAAUCUUCACCAUAUCGAUGAUUUUCUUCCGUAGUAUGACGAGCUGUUGCUAUAGAAACGAUAAUGUAUUAGAACGAGCACGUUAAUAUAAACCUGCACUACUGUCAGAGCUGCUGUUAUAGAAAAUUAAUCAACACUUUCUGACCAAUCAGAUUUGAGAAUUGAUCAGCGCUGUGGUGUAAUUUAUCGCUGCAUUUAACGCCAUGUUUUUGGAAUGAUCGUAAUUACGGAGUUGUUCACGUCCUCGGACUCGGAAUGAUGCGUAAUCAAUAGACAAAACCACAAUACAACAAGUAACGGUCUGUGCUAGCUACAUUAACAUUUUCAGAUUAAUCUUGCAUUAUUAAGGCAUUAAUAAUAGUAAAAUAUACGAAUUAUUAAACAGAAAUAUUACAAGAUAACUACUUAACUACGUUUACUGCUGAACCCGCCGCCAUUUUGAGUGUUUCGGUACGAAGUCGGAGCUCUCAGUUAAAAAUUCCUAGUUUACAAGUUGUAGUUACGAGUUCUACGAGGACGUGAACGCUUUUUACAAGCCAGAUCUCGUAAUUACGUUAAAAUGCCGUGAACGCAGCUUAUGUCUAAUAGAACAAGGAAGUCUUUCAGAACGACAUACCGGCUAUUUACGCAUUUACAAAAUACGAUAAUUUCUGAAAGGGUUUAAAAUGAUAGGAAAGGAAAUGAUUUUAAAUAGUUAAAAUGCUGUUAUAAGGAACGUUUUCAGUUUAACAAUUCUGUCAUUCAUGUUUACGCAAAAUGACACUGGACCUGAAAACAUCCAGCUACUAUAUACUCAGCUACAUGGUGUACCACAGAGGGUCCUGAAUGCGGUUUGUCACCCUGACGUGGUUGAGCCAUGAUGGAAGACCCGAUAAAAGCAGAAGGCUCGUCUGCAGAGGGCGACGCCAAACCCGGCAUGCUCCAGAAGCUCAAGCUGAACAUCUCUAAGACCGUGCAGAGUAAAGUGGAUACAAUUUUGAGAGAUGUGCAGCAGUUUACAGACAACGACAAACUCUACCUGUAUUUACAGCUUCCCUCAGGUCCGAGUGCAGGAGAGAAGAGCAGUGACUCAAACUCGGUGAACACGGCCGACCAGCUUCACACCUGCAACUGGAUUCGCAGUCACCUGGAGGAACAUGCCGACACCUGCCUGCCUAAACAAGAUGUUUACGAGACGUACCGGAAGCACUGUGAAAACCUGCAGCAGAGGCCUCUGAGUGCGGCGAACUUCGGCAAGAUCAUCAGAGACAUCUUCCCCAACAUCAAGGCUCGCAGACUGGGAGGCAGGGGGCAGUCCAAGUACUGCUACAGCGGGAUCCGCAGGAAGACGGUGUUAAAUAUGCCGUUAUUACCCAACCUGGACCUCAAGAAUGACCCGUCCGAGCUGACCGAGCUGGUGCAAACGUACAAACAGGAAGUGACGGAAGCGGCGUGCGAGCUGAUCUGUGACUGGGCUCAGAAGAUCCUCAAGCGCUCGUUCGACACGGUGGUGGAAAUCGCACGCUUCUUAGUGCAGGAGCAUAUCGUAAACCCGCGCUGCAGCCAGGCCGAGCUCGUCACCUCCGCCUCGCUCGCCGGAGGCCCUGCGAAACCACACAAAGUGAUUAAAAAGAACCCAACAACGUCCAGAGGGAGUACAGCGGAGGAGGAAAGCGCUGGCCAAGACGCUAAGAAGGAUGAAAGCGAGCAGGCUGCGUCUGUGAAACAUCUUCCUAACGACAAAUCAGCUAAAGCUCCCGAGGUUUUGCGUUACGGAGGCCGCGAGAUGCAGGUGGAAGCUCUGGUCAAAAAACUUCCUCAGCUCCGCCCUCGUGGCUCGAUUCCUGAAAAACCUCUCCUCUCUGUUCAUGCCCCCGCGCCUGCCUUCACGCCGAACGAUUCCAGCGGCGUCCAAGUGACUCUGCCCAUCACCGUGGCAACGCUCUCGCCUCAGCAACGCGGCUCCGCCCUCCCUCUCAUGAUCCUGCCUCCUUCGGUGACCGUUUCAACAGCGCCGGCGGUGACGACGGCAUCUAAACGGGCGUCCGAUUCGUCUGCCGUGGCCGCGGGCCCGCCUCUGAAACGCAAACGGGGCCGACCCAGGAAGCAGAGACCAGAAGAAAUGGCGGCGGCUCAGAACCUCAGUCCGAAUCAGAACCUAAACCUGAAUCCGAAUCAGAAUCUGAAUCUGAAUCCAGUGGUGCCGAACAGAGGGGUGAUCCAGAAAGCGCUGUCGUCCUCCUCCUCCUCUUCCUCCUCGUCCUCGCAGGUGACGGAGACGGUGCUGCCGUGUAAAGCUGAGGAACCCGAGUCACGGCCCGUCGUGCUCCUGCAGGAACCGGGCCGGGCCAUGGUGAUCCAGCGAGCCCCCGUGUCACGGGAAAACCGUCCCGUUAACCAGGUGCAGGUGACUCAGAGCGCCGCCGCGCAUCUCCCUCCUCCUACUGUACACGAGGACAGGGGCGUAGUGGAGAUCACGCUCACUCCCAUCAACCCCUUGAUCCCUGCAGACGACUCGGUUUGCAGCGUGGCCGAGACGAGCCCGGGGGAGGGGGAGGUCCCUUAGCCGUCUGUCCCGCGCGUGUGUGUGUGUGUGUCUCGUCAGUGACUUUCGUAGCUAAGAUGUCAGAUUGUUCAGUUCAGAUUGCAGUCGUGUCUCCGUAUCUUCGGGUGUGUUUUUACUUCCUCUGUUCCCUAAUAAUCUAAUGAGGUCAGUGAUGAACUGCAGUCGAUUAACGAUAACACGCAGCAGUACAAGGAGCCAAAAGCGAACUGCACAGACGCAGUUUCAGAGGUGCCAAAAUUUACAGUGUAGCCACGGCAUUUACUUGUUUUUUUAAUCUGUUACUAUGGCGAUAUGUGUUACUCCUGACAGCUAUGCUUUUUCUUUCUUUUUUUUUUUUUCCAACUCAAAGCAAACAUGAAUAAAAAGCUAACUCACCGAAGGGGAAAGGACGCCUGGAGGUGAAAAACACGUGAGCUUGUGAUAGCAGUUACCUUCGCUUCACGCUGAUUUUAUCUAGGCUAGGUUUGUUAUUGUUUCACAGUGAGUCAUGGUUAGUCACGGUGUGUUAACUCAUCGCUGACUUUUUCAAAAUACCAAUAAAUACCAAUUUCCGCCUUUUUUUUUGGCUCAACUCGCCGCUUUUCCUCGCAGCCGCUCCCACUGAUAAAUAUUCAGACGUGAUUAUUGUUUAAGUAUCUCUGGGAUUUUAGUACAACUCUAUCGUAUGCGCACACACACGUGGAAAGAUUGCGGUGUAUUUUGUCUUCUAUAAACUGAGCAGUAGAAGGUAAUAUACGUACAUCUCGUCGGAACUGACGUCUCGUCCCUUUUCUCUUUUCUGUCGAAAACCAAAACGUUUAAAACGCAAAAAGAUGAGCUUUAAAAGGGCGAGUCAGAGAGAAGUGAUGCUUCUGGGGGUUUUAGAGAAGUUACCGAGUUUCCAGCACAGGUACACACUACAGGCAUAUCGUGAUCAUGUGACCUACUCAUGAUCAGGUGGCCACGCCUCCUACAACAAGCACUUAUAAUAAAUAAAUAAAACAAAGAAUUUAUAUUAAAAUGAGGUGUGUGUGUAGUACACAUGGAGUUCUUAGUGAACAUGGUGAAGACACGCCUAAAUCUCUGUGAUUUAUAUACACACGAUUUAUCCAGAGUAUGGGUGGGCGGGGCUAUGGGCGGGGUCAUGGGCGGGGCUGUGGGCGGUCUGGUGAGCGCAGGGCAGAAGGUGCUGUUUAUCGUUUACGCUGCUAGCAUUGAGCCGCAUCAUCACUUUUAUGAAAACGUAGUUUUUUCUCUCUGACUGCUGGGAUUUUCACGUUAGCAACGUUGGCACCUCUGACGUUUAAAGAUGACAAACGACAAAUCAGCAAAUCCGUCCGAGACGCUAAACAACUCCACAAAGCUGACUGAGGAGACGACAGCGCGCUAAAGUGGUGGCCAUAUGCUUCCAUUAUCUGUUAGCUACAUUAGCGUCAUAGCUUCAGCUUUCAUACAGACACCAAACACCUCUCAGAUGAUCGACUGUGUUUAUGACGGAGGGGCGUGUUUUUUAUUACGGGCCGAACUGUAGCUUUAACGCACUUUUAUUACAGAGUGGUCCAGACUGGAGAGGAGGACGCUGGGCCACAGAACCAUGACCGCGCUCUGUGCGUGUGUGUGUGUGUGUGUGUGUGUGUGUGUGUGUGUGUGUGUUGUGGUGACCCGGGUAAUGAUUGAGUGUGUGUGUGUAAGUCGUGUAGGUGAUGUCCAGUGCUAUUACGGGUUUGUAAAUUGAGGGCAUUUACAGCGCCUCUGUCUCUCCAUCUAACUUUAAACUGCAGCGACAAAGAUUUAUAGAACACACACACGCACACACACACACACACACACACACACACACACACACGAUAUAAAGUUACUGAGACCCUUUUUAUUUGAUUAUUUUACAGGAGUGAGAGAUGUGAUGGGAUUUUAACACUUCGUGUGUAAAUAGUUUUGCUGUGAAACUCAGUUGCAGUGAACAUCAGCGUGUGGUACGUCUGCUCUCUCCUCUGCUUCUGUUUCUCCCUAAACACGACCACUUCAGGUUAGGGACACUUCAGAAGCGCAGACGCGUUUCGACUCCGGAGUACGCUGCUACGAGUUAUCACUCAAAAAUACGCCCAGAGAGGGAGAGGGAGAGAGAGAGAGAGAGAGAGAGAGAGAGCAGUCUUCAGCUUUCCCCAACAAUAAAAGCGACAGACGAGUCGUUCUGCAAGUGAAUCUGAAAUGAUUGACGGUUGUGAACUCUUUGAUAUUGAUAUGAAGUGACCCUCCUCCCCUGGAAGCCCCGCCCCCUUUCCUCACAUUAGUAAUAUUUCGUCUGCUGUUCUUGUCUCACCUCGAUCCGGGUUUACGGUCCUCCCCGGACGCUUCAGGAACCCUGUCUGUGCCAAAAGAAGAUUGCAGUGAUGUAGUGAAAGGCAGCUAUGCUAACUGUUUAACUGUUCAACAAACUGGUGUAAGAUUCUUAUUAAAUUAUUCUAAUCAGGAUGUGUAGCAGUACCUUCAUUCAGUACAUGCCUUCACAAUCAACACUGUGUUAACAUCAUCAUUAAAAAACUAUUUCAAACAUGGCUUUCGUACAGUCGCCAUAAUUACCCCGAACUCUUCCUGUUUUUAUUUAAUUUAACUUUUUAACAAAACCAGCCAAGCACAGUGAAGUGAUCAGAGACAGCUUAUUAUUAUUAUUAUUAUUAUUAUUAUUACUAUUAUUAUUAUUAUUGAUCUCACUCACAGAUGUCCACCUGAAGGUUCAUUUUUCACACUUUUAAAAACACAAGCUGUUAAGAAAUAUAAUAAAUCUAAUAAAUAUAAUUAAUAUAACACACUGUUCAAGAUCUCACUCUUAUUCGUUAAAAGAUCGAGGCUUUAAAUCUCGCAGUAGAUUCUCACGUCUCUAACUGUUUUGGGCUACAGUAUUUAACCCUCGAUUUAACCCUCUAUUUAACAACAUUUUUUUGAGGAAAAAAAAAAGUAUAUGAUUUAUUGCUAUAAAAAGUGUGACCUGUAUUUUGCACCAUAUAAAAUACAGUAUAUAUUAUUUAACAAUAGAGAGUGUGAGACGAUUAGUUUCUAUAUUUUGGCUUGGAAAUUUCAGUUCAGUUAUUUUUCAGUUUUGAUUUUUAUUUUAGCUGCUGCUGUGUUGUAGAAGUUGUUUGUUUAUUUGUUUGUUUGUUUAGAGCAUUACACUUACAUUCUACCCUACUGCAACAAAAUGUAUUUAAUUAUAAAGCAGAUUCUGAUGCUCAGUAAUUCUGACUUACUUAUUAAAUCUGUUUAAUUAUAUACAUUAGGAUUUCCAAUUACAUUAAAUAAAAAUAAAAAAGUAUAUACAUUUUUAUGUGAAGUAAAUCAUGUGAAGAACCCUUUGCUGAUCCUCCCAGGGUUAUAAGUGCACCAAUCCAUUAUUAUUAUUAUUAUUAUUAUUAUUAUUAUUGUAUAUUAUAUAUUGCCAUAUUCUUGUAUAUGAUUAGUCAAAUUUAAAAUAAAAACAAUGCACUUAUUUACAUAAGGAGAACGUUACAGAAUAAUUAACUGGGACAAAACCAUCCCAGAAUUUUGUUCCUCAAAUGUGAAUUUUUAAUAUUUUUUAAUAAGGCUUGAUGAACAGAACUGUGGCCCCGACUGUAACGUUAAAAAAAAAAAAAAAACGCAACAUAUUGCAGUGUAAAAUCAGGUAAUGAUGAUAAACACGAGCCCCAGCGUGUGAUCUCACAGAUGAUGUUUUUUGGUACUGAAUGCAGGAGAUUUUUCUUUUUUGUUAUUAUUGUAAAUAUGGAAUUUCCCACAAAGUCACUACAUUAUUAAAGAACUUUAUAGAUGUUCAGCGUGACUCUGAAAUCAUCAAAAUAAUAUUUUUAUCACCAGCGUCCUGCAUCCGCUUUCCUUCCUUUGAGCUUCCGUUAAAAAUGAAAGAAUCGAGUCGGAGAUCUGAAGUCGUGCGUUUUGGUGUGAAACGUCACGGAAAGUUCAACAUGGAAGUAUUUUUGUGUGAAAAUAAACACAAACGCUGCACACUGAUGACGUCAUAACGCACAGAACGUUUACUGACUGUGAACUUAAUGAAACUGUAAAUAAAGCUGUGCCAGUAAUCACGUCUACACAGCGAUCAGGCUGUUCCAGUCGCUCAGAACGUCACUCGCUGUACUUUAAAACAGUUAGAAAUGAAUAUUUGUGCUCUUAAUGACAUUUCCAGAACCUCACACUGUGUUCUCCUUUCAGUUUUAUUUAAAUUACAAAUUCUAAAGAUCAGGACUAACUUUAUUUCCUUCUUCAUUUAUUUUAACUCCCUUUAAUUAAUUAAUUAUAUAUAAAAAAAUCAAACACCAACCUCCAUCUUUCUCAGUUUCUCUUCAUACAUUAAAACUACUUUUAUGGACAAAAUCUUACAAAUCUUCCUGAUGUGAACAAACACGGGUGAUGUGGCUGGAUUUAGUUGGAUGAAUACGAAGACGAGG